AUGGAGUUGGAGGGUUUUCAUAAAUGUGAAGCUAACUAUGUGCCUUUAUCACCAGUUAGUUUCUUAGAAAGAGCCGCAUUCGUUUACGAAAAAGCAGCAUCUGUUAUUUAUGGUGAUGUGACAUAUACAUGGAAAGAAACAUACAACCGAUGCAUAAGACUGGCUUCUGCUCUCUCGAUUUUGGGACUUAACCAUGGACAAGUUGUAGCCGCUUUGGCACCAAAUGUACCUGCCCUCUAUGAGCUGCAUUUUGGUGUUCCGAUGGUCGGUGCGAUCCUUUCUGCACUCAACACAAGUCUCGAUCCACUCACAUUAGCAAUCACACUCCAACAACUGGAACCCAAAAUCAUAUUUGUUCAUCAUCAACACAUUCAAACUGUUCUUGAAGCAUUCCGGGUACUAUCGCCGGAAAAACCAGCAACACCAUCACCACGCCUAGUUCUCAUAAGCGGAAAACAUUCCGCCACUGUCCCAUCAAACACUCUCUGUUACAACGAUCUUCUUUCUUUAGGAAAACCCGAUUUCAAGAUCAUAAAUCCAAAUGAUGAAUGUGAUCCAAUUUCCAUAAAUUUCACUUCAGGCUCAACCGGGAAGCCCAAGGGGGCUAUAUAUAGCCAUAGAGCGGCGUACUUAAACUCUUUGGCAGUUAUCUUCAGAUACGAUAUGAGAAAAAGGCCAGUUUUCUUAUGGACGGUGGAUAUGUUUCGCUGCAACGGGUGGUGCUUUCCAUGGGUGGUGGCGGCAUUGGGUGGCACUAAUAUUUGCAUCAAAGAAGUCACAGCGGAGAUUAUCUUUGAUUCGAUUGUGAUCCAUAAGGUAACACACUUGUGUGGUUCGCCUACCAUUUUAGACAAGAUCGCAAGUUCCAAAGCCAAACCUAUUCCAUCACCGGUUGAUCUAAUUGUGGCCGGACCUUUGCCACCUUCAGAUACCAUUCUGAAAAUUGAGAGCAUGGGAUUCAACAUUCACCAUGGGUAUGGAAUGACAGAAGCUCUAGGACCCAUGACUCAUACAUCUUUGAGAACAGGAAACGAAAAGGAUAAUGAGAACAUAACAUGUCGCGAAGGAACUCACAACAUUUUAAUGGAAAAUGUCGAUGUGAAAGACCCUGAAACAAUGAUCAGUGUACCAUAUGACGGGAAGACGAUCGGUGAAGUUGUGUUUAGAGGUAAUGUUAUGAUGUCCGGGUACCUUAAGAACAUCGAAGGGACACAAAAGGCGUUUAAGGGCGGGUGGUAUAGAACUGGGGACCUUGGUGUUAGAAACCCUAAUGGUGAUAUAGUAAUGAAGGAUCGAGUUUUGGAUAGCAUUGUUUCUGAAGGGGACAUUGUGAGCACACUAGAGAUUGAACAAGUUAUAAAGAAUCAUCCCUUCAUAAAAGAAGUUGCGGUUGUUGGGAAGCCAAACCAUAUUGUUGGUCAAAGUCCUUCUGCAUUUGUGACACUGAAAGAUGAUUGUACUUUAAGUAGCAACGAUAUCAUCAAGUUUUGUGAGGAAGAACUGUUGCCUCGGAAUAUGAUCCCUAUAGACGUUGUAUUUGGGAUUUUGCCCAAAAAUUCCACGGGCAAAAUUCUAAAAUAUGUUCUUAGGGAAAAAGCCAAGGCCAUUGAGGCUAUCAACUUGAUGAAUGGACAUUGA